AGAGCUGUUCUUUCAUAAAUGGAAAGUAUAGUUUUGUGUAACGUCAUGAAGUUGUAUAGAUAUAUAUUACGCAGUCAACAUUAAAUCUGACGUGGUGUUGUGAACGCUAUAAGAAAAGCUUGGGCACCUGUAGAAUAUACAAAAACGUUGUUUAUUAAAACGUGAUUUGACUAAAUGUUUAGUUCUAUCGAUUAAAGUGUUUAUUGAAAAAGUUGUUGUAUGAGAAAGGUUUAAAUUAUGGUUUAUAUAUCGAAUGAUGGACAAGUUUUAGACAGUACACCAUGGAGUUUGAAAAGAUUGUUUGGUUUCUUUAGUGGUAUAAUUUAUAUGAUUGUUAUGUUUUUCAAAACAAUGAUCAAUCCUAACACUAGCAGCUAUGGAAGUUCUCAUACAAGAGAUUUCAGACCUGGAUCUGGGCCACCAUAUCAACCAAUGCGUAGAUUAAGACCUGACGCAAGAGUUAAUGUAGACAUUCCGUUUGGUGGGUGCAGCAGUUGCGGUGGUUAAAGUAAAUCUAUAAGAACUAUUUAUAAUGUAAAUGUUGAUAAUACCUUUAAGAAUUUAUAUAAUCAUCAUAAUUAGAUUAAAAAAAAUAUAUUAUAAUGAUUAAAAUA